UUCUUAUUGCUUCUUUUAUUUCACUUUACAAUAUUUUUGCUACGGAAGUGAAAAUGUGUUUGUGCCGAAACCUAAUAUGGGUGAUGCUAUUGAUGGGACAGCUACAUGGAUACGAAAGCUGUAUAGAGAAAGAAAGGAACGCUUUGUUGGAGCUCAAGAAGUACUUGAUCUCACAGAGUAUAGAAGGAGGAGCCAACUCUGUUCUCCCAACUUGGAGUAAUGACACAAAGAGCGAAUGCUGCCUUUGGGAGGGCCUUAAGUGCAGUGGUACAAGCGGACUCGUGACAGAGAUUGCCUUUGGUGGAUUGCACCUCAAAAAGAAUACUAUCCUGAACCUUUCUUUGCUGCAUCCCUUUAAAGAUGUUCGAAGUCUCAACUUAUCUGGGGAAGCAUUCAGUGGCUUGUCUGAUGAUGUUGAAGGUUAUAACAGCUUGAGGAAAUUAACAAACCUGGAGAUUCUGGAUUUAACUUCAAAUAAAUUCAACAACAGCAUAUUUCCCUUUCUUAAUGCCGCUAGAUCACUCACAACUCUGUUUCUAAGAUCCAACAACAUGGGUGGCUCUUUGCCAGUUAUAGAUCUUAGAGAUUUGACAAACUUGGAACUGCUCGACCUGAGUAGAAACCGAUUCAACGGCUCCAUACCACUGCAAGAAAUAUCUAACAUGAGAAAACUGAAAGCUCUGGAUUUAAGUAGGAAUGAAUUUUCUGCCUCAACAGAAUUGAAAGGCAAGUUUCUUCAAAUAAUUUACUACUUAAUCACCUUAGGUAUUUGCAAACUGAGGAAUAUACAAGAGCUAGAUCUCAGUAACAACAAACUCGUAGGUCAGUUUCCCUUAUGCUUAGCUAGCUUGAGUGGACUAAGAGUUCUUGAUCUCUCAUCCAACCAAUUGACUGGGAAGCUACCACCUUCUCUUGGUAGCCUUAAAUCCCUCGAGUAUUUAUCCUUGUUUGAUAACGACUUCGAAGGCUUCUUCUCACUUGGCUCCAUAACCAAUCUCACAAAGCUUAGAGUGUUAAAACUCUGCUCAAAAUCCAACUCGCUUCAAGUAGCGUUAGAUAGUUCUUGGAAGCCAAAGUUUCAGUUAGAUGUUAUCGCACUACGAUCUUGCAACUUGGACAAGGCUCCUCAGUUUCUCCAACACCAGAAGGAGCUGCGCCAUGUUGAUCUCUCCGACAACAAAAUUUCUGGAAUGUUUCCUUCCUGGCUGUUGGAGACCAACACUAAACUCAAAGUGUUGCUACUGCAGAACAACUCCUUCACAACCUUUCAGCUCCCCAAAGCUGCUCAUCAUCUUCUUUUCAUGGAUGUGUCUGUUAAUAAAUUCAAUCAUCUUCUUCCUGAGAACACCGGGUGGAUACUUCCUCAUCUACGGUACAUGAAUAUCUCCAACAACGGCUUUCAAGGAACUCUCCCAUCUUCUCUAGGUAACAUGAAGAAUAUUGAAUAUAUGGAUCUAUCUCGCAAUAUCUUCCAUGGAGAGCUACCAAGAAGUUUUCUAAACGGUUGUGAUUCCAUGGCAAUCCUGAAGCUAUCACACAACAAACUAAGUGGAGAGAUUUUUCAAGAACCACCCAAAUUUACUAACAUAUUGGGGCUGUUCAUGGAUAACAAUCUGUUCACAGGAAAGAUUGGACAAGGUUUGCAAAGCUUGAGAAACUUGUCACUCCUUGACAUUUCAAACAACAAUCUCACAGGUGUUGUUCCAAGCUGGAUCGGCGAGCUUCCAUCCUUAACAGCACUGCUGAUAGCAAACAACUUGUUGGAAGGUAACAUACCUACAUCUUUGUUCAACAACUCCAAUCUUCAGCUACUUGAUCUCUCCACAAACAGUUUAUCUGGAGAGAUACCUCCAUACCACAACUCUAGAGAUGGUGUAGUGUUGCUCCUUCAAGACAAUCAUUUAUCAGGAGAAAUGUCAGACACACAGCUAGCAAACGUGGAGAUACUUGACCUGAGGAACAACAAACUCUCUGGGAGUAUUCCUGAGUUCGUCAGAACACAGAACAUCAGUGUUCUUCUUCUCCGAGGGAACGACUUUACCGGUCGUAUACCUCGUCAGCUGUGUGGUCUAAUAAACAUCCAGCUUCUUGAUCUUUCGAGAAGGUUGAAUGGUUCCAUACCUUCAUGCCUCAGCAACACAUCGUUUGUGACAGGGAAGAGAUGUACAUCAUAUGAUUAUGAUUUCGGCAUUUCUUUCCCUUCUGAUGUCUUUGAUGGUUUCUCUCUGCAACAAGACAGUAGAUACUUCAAGUCUCUGCUCAUGCUUGAUCCGUUUCACAUGGACUACAAGGCAAGCACUCAGACGAAGAUUGAGUUUGCAACAAAAUACAGAUAUGAUUCCUACAUGGGUAGAAAUCUCAAGUUAUUAUAUGGAUUGGAUCUCUCUGAGAAUGAGCUGAGUGGUGAGAUCCCAGCUGAGUUUGGAGAGCUUAUGGAACUAAGAGCUUUUAACCUUUCUCACAACAACUUAUCUGGUGUUAUACCAGAAAGCUUUUCAGGUAUGAAGAAUGUGGAGAGUCUUGAUAUUUCUUUCAACAGAUUACAAGGCCGGAUCCCACCACAAUUGACACAGCUGAGCACACUCUCGGUCUUCAAGGUCUCGUACAACAACUUAUCAGGAGCUAUUCCACAGGGAAGACAGUUUAACACCUUUGACACACAGAGCUUUGUAGGUAACAAUCUUCUUUGUGGACAACCAACAAGCAGAAGCUGCAACAGUGAUACGUUUCAAGAACCAGAUAGUGGAGAGGAUGAUGAUGAUGAAUCUGCAAUCGACAUGGAAUCAUUCUACUGGAGUUUUGCUGCAGCCUAUGUGACAAUACUUGUUGGAUUAUUUGCGUCUCUCUCUUUUGAUUCUUUUUGGAAGAGAUUUUGGUUUGACAUGGUUGAUGCUUUUAUCAACAAGGUGGAGAAUCUUUUGUAGUACAAAACUUUAUAUUCUCUCGUUAUAAGGCUGUUCUUCAAAAAGCCUCCUUUACAGUGUAUGUACUAAAACCAGAAAAUUAAUAACUUGUGUUUGGUUCCUAUGUACAAUCUUUGUAUGUCUUUGAAUAGAGGGAAUAAAUGUU